AUGAACAACAUCCUCGCCCACUUGAUAGCCCACAACAACCCAAGCUCUCUCAAGAUGUAUGGCUCCUUGUUUCGCGUCGUCGCCUUUGGGCUCCUCAACUACAAUGUCCUCGCUGCCCUGUCAGCGUCGCAACCUGUGCAGCGCCCCCCCGGACUCUGGCCACAUCUAGCCGAACAAGGCCGCGCUUCCCGGCCUCUCAUCGACUUCAUAGAUGGGUACUUCACCGCGAAGAACCUGCAUCAGCCAGAGGCUUGGAUAUCCUACUUCCACCCUACCGAGGGGACAUACGGAGACGUCGGCCUCGGCAACCUCUUCGCCCAACCGCAGCUAGGGCCUGUUAUCGAGACUCUUAUGGGUACUUGGGCCCCUGAUUCAAAAUCGUAUCCCCUGCGCAUCGUGGGCGACACCAACAGCGCCUUGCUGUACAUGGUUGACACGCCGGAUAUGUUCGGCGACGAGCUUCGCGUCCUUGUAGCUUUGGACUUUAAAGACGGCUUGAUCGUGCGGGAGGUGGAUUAUUGGGAUCCUCGCCGGAACGCUGCAGCCAAGGCGAAUAGGCAGCCACCAGAGCAGUAUCCGACUGACUUCGCCUCGGCCCUAUCCUCCAACACGACCAAUAUCACCCUUCGAGGGGUUGUGAGUCGGUUCUCGUCGGCACUGUCGAACGGAGACUACAAAUCGGCUGUUUCACUGCUUGCACCCGACGUAGUGCUCGAAGACUUCUCGCUGCGUGCUAGAAUCGACGGUCGACUGGCCGUCGAAAAGUACUUAAAGAGGGCCGUGGUCUCGCUCCCGUACGGCACUGGCUCCGUCGUAAAUCACAUCGUGGGCAACGAAGAGGGCGGUGCUUACGAGUGGACUGGUACCCCGAAGGCUGUUGGCCGUAACGGGAUAACCGCCAUUGAACUCGACGAAGGUAAUCUGAUCACUCGGCUCACUAGUGUAUGGGAUACGUUUAAUGCUAGUGACAACACUAUGGAGUCGUUGGUCAGGUUGUCGAUUGAGCCUUAA